AUGAGCUUGCAGUAUGUGAAAGAACUGAUCGUGUCUAAGCGGCACAGCAUGGCUGGCUCAUUGCUAGGGGAUCUUUCUAAUGCCCGAUCAUAUUCCUCGAACGUGUCGACUAGAAACGCCAGAAGCGGUCGACUGCGCCUCGACGGGAUCAUCAAUCACUUCUUCGAUCUGGAGAGGGAUAUCCUUGAGCGCGAGACCAUCUCCGAUUGCUUUUAG